UUUCCGCUGUUCCAGCGUGGCAAACUCAAACACAUGAUGGCUUAUGUCAGGUCACAAAUACUGUUAUUAGCCGUUUUGGCAACGGCAUUGACAAGCAUCAGUUGUCACACUGAUGAUGAAGAGGAUCUUCAGCCAGCAUCAGGUCACAAGGUGGAAUUUGGCGAGGCAAAGGCACCGAGGUAUCUGUUGUGGGAAGUGAACCCAGGGGAGGGAUUCAACCUACGUCGUGAUGUGUACCUGCGCAUGGCCAACCUGGUUGAGACCCUCAAUGAAGACUCACCCUGGAUUCUGGUGUUGCCUCCUUGGGGACACCUGUACCACUGGGCCAACCGCCAAAUGGACCAGUCACGCAUCCCAUGGUCGGUCUUCUUUGAUGUCCCGAGUCUCAGAAAAUAUGUACCGGUCAUUGAGUUUGAGGACUUUCUGAAAGUGCUUCCCAAGCCGUGGCUGGUGGAUGAGGUGUACUAUCUCCAGUACUACAAGGAGGGCUGGGGCGGGGAGUGGAAGGAGAAGAUGGACAUGCGGGAGUGCCACACCAUGGAGUACAGGAAGUACACCUGGAACGAGGAGACUGGAGUAUUUGAUGGCUGGUUCUUCAACUAUGGGGACGAAGUCCACGCUAAGUCGUUCCAGUGCAUGUCCAUACAGGGAAUGGUCAGUUUCCUGAAACCUUUCUUGCUACAGAACACCACCGGCUUGUCAGUCAUGGUUGACAGGGCGGAGACAGUGAUGCAUGAUCGUUUUGGAGACAUCAAGUAUUGGACGGCCAGGAGGAGUAUGGUAUUUGCUAAACAUCUGAAGAAAAUUGGGGAUGAUUUCCGGGCCAAGUAUCUCGACUCAACAGACGUAGCAGACAAAACUGUGUUAAAUGGAGAUUGGACGAAAGACAAGAAGAAAAAGGGCCAAGCCAAGGGAGGGCCAUAUAUUGGGGUACACCUAAGACGAGCCGACUUUGCGAUCUCCAGGAAAAAAGACACACCAACUCUUGCAGGUGCUGCUGAGAAAAUUAUGGAACUUCUGAAGAAAUAUGAUCUGAAAAAGGUUUUCAUUUCUACAGAUGCUCGUGAAGAGUGGGAGUUCGAGGAGGUAAAGAAUCUUCUGUCUGGCUAUGAAGUCUAUCGGUUCCAACCAUCGAAGGAGAUUCUAGAGAAGUACAUGGAUGGUGGUGUGGCCAUCAUUGACCAGUGGAUCUGUGCACAUGCAAGGUACUUCAUUGGCACCAGGGAGUCAACGUUCUCCUUCCGUAUCCAAGAUGAACGGGAAAUCAUGGGAUUUGACCCUGACAUGACCUUCAAUAGCUUCUGUGGGCAAGGUCGCGAGAAAGGAGAGGAGAAACAAGAGCGCGAUGACUAUGAGGAAAAUUUUUGUCGCCAACCAUCACGAUGGGAGAUAGUGUACUGAGCAGUGACUCGACCGUCACCAUGGAGAUAAAGAACUGAGUGUAAUGGCUCAUCAUCAGGAGGGAACAAAGAACAUGGUGCAGGGGGAGAGAAUGAAAAAAUUACACAGUUCUAUUUUUAUAAAUAAAUAAGUAUGAUUUUGAAACUGAUUUAGCGACUAAGUGGGAGGUGGGGCAUAAACAUUAAAAACAAAACAAACAUGUAUUUAGGAGAGGGUCAUGGAGAAUAGUACUUAGCACUGAGUACGGUGUGUGGGGAGAGUGCACAGGGCUUCAAAAUGUGAUGCAGUCCGAAGACCAGUUCCAUCCAGUAUUGUUUUCCUUCCUUAAUAUCUACGAACAUUUCCCCAAAUAUGAACAGCUACUUGCUGACAGUUCAGCAUGGAUACCUGUUGUUAUCAUUGCUUUGUUAUACAUGUAAUAGUUUAUCACUGACGUUUCAGGAAGUAAUGGUGUUUGUGAAGAAUUGAGAAUGUUGAUACAACUAGAAUUUAUUUGAAAUGACUGAGUAAUGUAAUAAUUUAA